UUAUAUAUGGAUCAGCCACCUGGAAUGAAAGAUCCUAAUUAUCCUAAUCAUGUUUGCAAAUUACAGCGAGCAUUGUAUGGUUUAAAACAGGCUCCGAGAGCCUGGUUUAAUAGGUUGAGUAUGUUUUUAAUUGAUUAUGGUUUUUUUUGCAGUUUAGCUGAUCCAUCCUUGUUUGUCAUGCAUACAUCGACAGGUGUAUUGGUUUUAUUAAUUUACGUGGAUGAUAUGUUGUUAACAGGAUCGUCUAUGGCUCUAGUUCAGAAUUUUUUGCAGGUCUUAAGCAAGGAGUUUUCCAUGAAAGACCUUGGGCCAUUGCAUCAUUUUCUAGGCAUUCAAAUUCAAUCAACUGACUCUGGGUUACAAUUGAAUCAAACCCGUUAUGCCUAUUCAAUUUUGGAAAGAGCUCAGAUGGUGGAUUGUCAACCGAUGCCCACUCCACUUGUUCAGCGACACGAUGCUGUUACAGACCCGACACCAGUAGCUGAUCCCACCUUCUUUCGAGGGCUUGUGGGUUCGUUACAGUAUUUGACACUAACCCGACCGGAUUUGUCCUAUAGUGUCAACUAUAUUUCUCAAUUCAUGCACAGUCCAACUUUGUCUCACUUAAAAUAUGUUCGUCGUAUAUUACGAUAUCUCAAAGGAACAAUACAUUUUGGCUUAUUUUUUAAAAAAGAUACCUCACUUGUUCUUAGUGCAUUUUCUGAUGCAGACUGGGCCGGAUGUCCAACCACACGACGGUCUACUACAGGCUACUGUACUUUUCUUGGUUGCAAUAUCAUUUCCUGGUGUGCCAAGAAACAACACAUCGCUAUGCGCGUUCUAGCACCGAGGCCGAGUAUCGUUCCAUGGCUCACACCGCACUGA